AUGAUCUCAUUCAGUGAUGUUUUAUACAUAGUGGGAAAAUUUUUAGUUGGAAAAGAAAUCGAUAUUUGGAGUGCAGGGAUUGUUCUAUACAUCUUUAUUUGUGAAACUGAGAAAGGGAUAUUUGAUGAGAUUCUAAAGGGAGAAAUUGAUUUUGAGAGCCAACCAUGGCCUUCUAUAUCCGAGAGUGCUAAAGACCUUGUGAGGAAGAUGCUCACUAAGGACCCCAAGAAACGAAUCUCUGCAGCACAAGCUCUUGAACAUCCAUGGAUCAGAGGCGGGGAAGCGCCGGACAAGCCCAUUGAUAGUGCUUUGUUAUCUCGGAUGAAGCAAUUCCGAGCAAUGAACAGGCUUAAGAAGCUAGCUCUAAACAGUCUCUCCGAAGAGGAAAUUAGAGGUCUUAAAACAAUGUUUGCUAAUAUAGAUACCGACAAAAGCGGUAUAAUCACUUACGAAGAACUAAAAACCGGGCUGGCUAAACUCGGCUCUAAAUUUUCUGAAACUGAAGUUAAGCGACUCAUGGACGCAGCUGAUGUAGAUGGUAAUGGAACAAUCGACUACAUUGAGUUUAUGUCAGCAACGAUGAAUAGAUACAGAUUGGAUCGAGACGAAUACUUUGACAAAGACAACACGGGUAAACGCUUUUGGGUUAUCACAAUGGAGGAAUUGGAGUCAGCCAUGAAAGAGUAUGGUAUGGGAGAUGAAGCUAGCAUCAAAGAAGUCAUAGCCGAAAGUCGAUACCGAUAA